GAUUUUAUCCAAGUAUGCUUUCCAUUGCUCGAAAGACCGCCUUGUCAGGCAGCGUUGCGCGUAUCGCUCAAAGAACCGUUCUCAAGCCUAUGACUGUCUUGCCCACUCAAAGACGUCAAUAUACCGCUGGAAGUGCAACUGCAGAAAAGGAAACUAUCACUAAACUCUUAUACAACAUUGGUUCUCGUAAAGAGGUUGAACAGUAUCUUCGUCAUUUUUCAUCCGUCGAAUCGCAAAAGUUUGCUGUUAUCAAAGUUGGUGGAGCUGUCUUGACUGAUGAGCUUGAAACACUUGCUUCCGCUUUGACCUUUUUAAACAGAGUUGGUCUUUAUCCCAUUGUCCUUCAUGGAGCUGGACCUCAAUUGAACAAGUUAUUGGAAGACGCAAAGAUCGAACCUCAAUAUGAAGAAGGUAUUCGUAUUACUGAUCCUGAAACUCUCGAGAUUGCCCGUAAAGUCUUCAUGGCCGAGAAUUUAAAACUUGUUGAUGCUCUUGAACGACAUGGUACUCGCGCUAGACCUAUUCCCGGAGGAGUUUUUGUUGCCGAUUAUCUCGAUAAGGAUAAAUAUGGAUAUGUUGGAAAGAUCACAGGUGUCAACAAGGAAGUCAUCGAGUCUUCCAUCCGUGCUGGAGCCCUUCCCAUUUUGACCUCUUUGGCUGAAACUCCCACUGGCCAAAUCUUGAACGUCAAUGCUGAUGUCGCUGCUGCCGAAUUAGCUACCGUUUUAGAACCUUUAAAGAUUGUCUUCUUAAAUGAAAAGAAUGGUCUUUAUCAUGGUGUAACCGGCGAAAAGAUCGAUGUUAUCAACUUGGAUGAGGAAUAUGAGGAUCUUUUGAAAGAACCUUGGGUUAGAUAUGGUACCAAGCUCAAGAUCAGCCAAUGUAAGGAACUUUUGGAUGGUCUUCCACGUUCUUCCUCUGUUGCAAUUAUCUCUGCUGGUCAUCUCCACAAGGAAUUGUUCACCGAUUCUGGUGCUGGUACUUUGAUCCGUCGUGGCCACAAGCUUUUCAAGUACGAUCAACUCGACCAAGUUGACCCUGACAAGCUCCGUCGUAUUAUGGAAGCUGAAGAUGCCACCAUUAAGUCUGGACAAAACUCAGUCGCUAGUUAUCUCCGUUCCCUUCAAAACAAGAAGGUCUCUAUCUACACUGAUGAGCCCGGACAGGUUUUGGCUAUUGUUACCAAAGAUCCUAAUGAUGCUUCCAAGCCUGCUGUUCUUGAGAAGCUCUUGACUUCUAAGACUGCCGUUUUAAACAAUGUCCCCGAGAACUUAUGGAGCUCUAUUCGUAAGGAUCAUGAUAACUUGACCUGGGUUGUUGAUUCCAACAAGGAAGGUGCUCUUGAUCGCUCAUGGCAUUUCGAGCGUGCUGACGGCUCACUCAAGAAUGCCAAAGAUGGAUCCACCACCUUCUUCUACGGUAUUAACGAUAGUGACAAGAUCAAGCAAACUCUCAACAACAUUAACGAUAAGAAGCCUGCUUCUGUGCCUUCAGGCACUCGUGCUUAUUCCACUUACCGUCAAAACGCUUUCCAAUUCAUGUCUCGCCGCGGUUUUGCCAGCGCUUCCAAGCAAAAGAAUGUCGGUUUGAUCGGUGCUCGUGGUUACACUGGCCGUGAAUUAAUUAACUUGAUCAAUGCUCAUCCUAACUUGAACUUAACCCACGUUAGUUCUCGUGAAUUAGAGGGAAAGCCUCUUGAGGGUUAUACCAAGUCUGAUUUGACCUAUGUUAACUUGAAGCCUACUGACCUUAAGGCUCAAACCGAAGUUGAUGCUUGGGUCUUAGCUUUACCCAACGGUAUCUGUACUCCUUUCGUCAAGCAGGUUAAUGAAGAUGUUAAGGCUGGCGAAUCUACCGACAAAGUUUUGGUUGAUUUAAGUGCUGAUCAUCGUUUCGAUACCACUUGGACUUACGGUCUUCCUGAAUUUAACCGUGAAAACAUCAGAGGAGCUACCCGUAUUGCUAACCCCGGUUGUUAUGCUACUGGUGCUCAAAUGUCUCUUCGUCCUCUUGUUCCUUUCCUCGAUAAGCAUUCUGCUCCUACUGUUUUCGGUGUCUCUGGCUAUUCUGGUGCUGGUACCAAGCCAUCUGAUAAAAACGAUCCUGCAUUUUUGAGAGACAACAUUGUUCCUUAUGCUUUGACUAACCAUAUCCAUGAACGUGAAGUUUCUUACCAACUCGGUACACCUGUCAACUUUAUUCCCCAUGUUGCAUCUUGGUUCCAAGGUAUUGCCUUGACUGUCAAUGUACCUUUAGCCAAGACCAUGACUAGCCAAGAUAUCAAGUCAGCAUUUGAGGAAUUCUAUAAGGGCGAAAGACUUGUCCAAGUCUUGGAAUCUGGAGAGCCCCUUGUUCGUGACAAUGCUGGUAAGCAUUUUGUCCGUGUUGGAGGAUUCAACGUCCAUCCUGAUGGUCGCCGUGCUGUUAUCACCACUACUCUUGAUAACUUAUUAAAGGGUGCCGCUACUCAAGCUGUUCAAAACCUGAACUUGUCUUUAGGCUUUGAUGAAUAUGCUGGUAUUCCCACCAACUAGACUAAAUAAUUGACAUGUACAAAAAAAUCCUGCAUUAGACAUUUAUUAUUUGAUCAUUCCCUUUUUACAUAUAAAAAAAUAAUAAUGUAUUUCUAAAAAAAAAAAAAAGACUUGUGUGACACCAUUCCACAUUUUUAUUUAAU